AUGUUGACAUGGAAAAGUUUGAAGAAAAUAUUUGGAUCAACUAUAGAACAAGGUCAACGCACAUCCACUCAUAAAAAAUCAUCUAUCGUACCGAAAAAUAAUGUUGUUCUCAACAAAAAUCAUGUUGAUCUACUCAUACAAUGGCUCAAUCAAUUGAACGAACAAAAUCUGAUUGCUAUUACGGAACAGAAUGAUAUUGUGAUCAUGGUCAAUGGUCAUAAUAAUCCAGCACAACAAAUUUUCGUUAAUCAUGACGAUAUCGAUGCUUAUAUGAAAACAAAAGCCAACAAUGAUGAUAGAAAAGAUAAAAGUGAAGUCAUUUCGAUGCAUGACAUUGCUCGAAUUUUACUCAAAAACGAAUAUGUUAACGAAUCAUUGGGACAAUACACAUUUAAUACUCAAACGAUCAAACCGGAUAAAAGUGAAUUAGAAUGGCUUAAGUCGAUCAUACAUAGUGCUACGCCUGAUCUAAAAUCUCGUGAGACUCAAGUCAAAUUAUACGAUGGAAGUGGUACAUGGUUACUGUGCAUCCCAUGGGAAUAUAUGGCACCCACCGAAGACGUACAUGCUGUCGCCAAUUAUCUUUGCCGAAAUGGACAUAUUCGAUAUGAUAUUGAUUCGGGAACAUAUGUCUAUCGUUAUGUUGAACCCGAUAUUCUACUAGAUGGAAAAGUCAAUACACCAGAACGCAUUGCUCAACGUCAAAUGCUCUCCAUUCAUAUUCGUCAUGUUCAUGUCGAUGAAAAAAAUAAACGUAUAGAAGUAGAAUUUUUAGAUCCAACUACCAAACAUCUCAUCAUACCAUCCAGUUGGUAUCAACAAAUAUUUACAAAUAAUUUCGAUCGAAACUAUAUUAUCGAUGCAUUAUUAGCUAACAAUGGCAUUAUCGAUCAUGAUGCGUUUGUAUUCAUGGGUAAUGUUUAUUCUUUGAAGGUUCCUCGUGUAACUAAAACAAAGUUGGAUUCAACUCCAUCACAAAAUUUAAAAACAACAACCAUGUUAUUAACACAGAAGAAUGAACUGAUUCGUCGUUAUGUCAAUUUCAUCAUCGAACAAGGUGGCAUUAAAUAUGAUAAUAGAAAAAAUUUGUUUAUCUUAGAAAAUACCGACGGUGGCCGUCAAGUGUACUUCACAAAAGACCAUAGCCAAUGGAUUCGACAAAAUCGAUGUCGACGAUUAGAUGUAAUUUAUGUUCUAGUCAAACAAGGGCAAAUAAUAGAAGAUCAAUCGAAUAAUUUAUUAUUAUAUUACAAUCAUCAAUUCAUACGACUUCCAUCUAAAAUAAUUCAAUCGUCAACAUUUCCAUUGUACAACUCUGAUUAUACUGUGGAUUCAUCGAAUCGACCAUUAUAUCGAUCGAAAAGUUCGACAAUAACAUCAUCAGAGAAUGAUGAAGCACGAUUUCGUAAUCGUCUUAGUCAAGAAUUGCAAGAAGAUUCUCUUACACACUAUCACAAUACUAUUGAUUACAUGUGUCGUCAUAAUCUUGUAACAUGGGACAAACAUUUACAAGUGAUAAAACUACAUUUUACUGAUCAAACAUUAUUUCUACCCAUU